UAAUGCCAGUGACGUCACAUCCUGGAGAGCGAGGAGGAGGCGGCCCGACGCAAACAGCUGUGGGCCAACAUGACACAGUGAGGUUUCUGUUUUCAAAAGAAGGAGAAAAAAAAAACCCACGGAAUUAAGGAGCCGGCAGGUUAAAGAGCGAAUCGAGAUCAGCAUCGUCGCGGCGGUGAGCGCGGCCGCUGGGCGCCAUGGCGGGCGAGGAGGAGAGGGGGGUCGUGCGAGUCCGGGUAAAGCGGCCACAUAAAAACGAGGCAGGGCGCGCUUGUCCUGGACACGGAGGGCGAAAGACGACGCAGCCCGCAGUCCUGGGCUGUGCCCGGCGGUGGGGGUCGCCAGCUGCCCGGCUGGCCCUCCGCGGGUCUGGACGAACGGGCAGCUGUGCGGUUGAAUUCGGCCCCGGGUACUCCUGAGCAAACUGCCCCUGGAAGUAAGAGCUCAACGCUUUCCUUCUGCGGCCGUGCAGACGAGCAGAGCUGCUCUUGUGUCCGGGAGACUGGACCUGACCCGGCGCAGCGGGGAGCCGGACCGGGGUCAGGUGUCAACAGGGCCCCCUUGUCUUUGUGUCGCUGAACGUGGUACAUCCUAGGACAGGUGUUGCCUUGGCAGAAGAGAAUAUACGGUGCUAAAUGAGAGUCAGCUGUGCUUUGAGUUGUGGUUUUAAUCAGCGGUGACCCGCAGGGAGACAAACCCAGGACAUCCUGACAGGAGUUCGCCUGCAGGUUUGUCUCUUUGCCAAAGGCCAGUCGUGUAGGGCUAGAGCAGACCUUGCUGGCUCUGGCUUGUCUGAGCUGCGCUGCCUUCUCUCCCUCUAUGUCCUCUUGUCUCUCCUUACAGCUGUUUAUCCAGACAUUUUCUAACCUCUGUAUCCAAUUCAGGGGCGUGGGGGGGGGCAGGAGUGUAUCCUGGCAAAUGGGCGCAAGUCAGGACACCAGUCCGUCACAGCGCUGACGCACAGAGACACACACACUCGCACCAGGACUGGUGUUCUCAGAAGCCAAUUUACCACUUGCAUGUCUUUGGACUGUGGGGAAACAACCCACACAAACUUGAGGAGAACAUACUAACUCCACACAGGUUGUACCCCAGAUCUGAAAUUGGCUCCGGGCCUCAGCGCUGUGAGGCAGCAGUGCUCACCACUGUUCCAUUGUGCAGCUGUUCAGUGGUAUGAAAAUGUAUUUGCAUGUUUCAUGCUUUCCUAAAUGGGUAUACUUAGCUGGGUUGAGUAACACCAUUUCUACAUUGCAGACCGUUUUGACCGAGUACCUCUCUUGCAAGACGGCGCACGUGAACUGUGCUUGUUUCGCUCUCUCACUCGGCCGGAGCCCCCCUGACUGUGUCUCUCUCUCCCUGGCAGAAGUGUGAGGGUGUCCUGCCUGCGGAGUACCGCUCCUUCGCUGUGGACCCCCAGAUCACCUCCCUGGAAGUGCUGCAGCACAUCCUCAUCCGGGCCUUUGAGCUCAACGGGAAACGGAAUUUUGGGAUCAGCUAUCUGUCGCGGGACAAGCAGGGGGUGGAGGCAUACCUGUCGCUCAUGUCGGACUGGGACCUGGACGCGGCCUUCGUCAGCGCUGCCAAGCCCUACCUGCAGCUCAAAAUCGAGAUCAAGCCCUCCGAAGACAGCCCCCUGCUGGAGGACUGGGACAUCAUCAGCCCCAAGGACGUCAUCAGCUCCGACCUGAUUCCCGGAGAGCGGCGAUCCCUGGCCGCCGCCGCGCUGCCCUUCACGCAGUCCCUGAUCUCCCAGGUGGGCCGGACUCUGUCCCGGGUGCAGCAGGCCCUGAGCUGGUCCUAUGGAGAAGAUGUGAAGCCCUUCAAGCCCCCCCUGAGCGACUCCGAGUUCCACAGCUUCCUGAGCCACCUCGGCCAGCUCACCAGGCCCGAGGAGCUGCGUCUGCGCAUCUACCACGGCGGUGUGGACCCCUCCCUGCGCAAGGUGGUGUGGCGCUACCUGCUCAACGUCUACCCGGACGGGCUGACGGGCCAGGAGCGCAUGGACUACAUGAAGAGGAAGACCAGGGAGUACGACCGGCUGAAGGGGGAGUGGGGCGCCCGCACCACCCCUGAGGACCUGGAGUUCAUCCGGGGCAACGUGCUGAAGGACGUGCUGCGCACGGACCGGGCCCACCCCUACUACGCCGGCUCCGAAGACAGCCCCCACCUGGCCGCCCUCGCCGACCUGCUCACCACCUACGCCAUCACCCACCCGCAGGUGUCGUACUGCCAGGGCAUGAGCGACAUCGCCUCGCCCAUCUUGGCCGUCAUGGACAACGAGGCCCACGCCUUCAUCUGCUUCUGCGGCAUCAUGAAGCGCCUGGAGGGCAACUUCCGGCCCGACGGCCGGCUCAUAUCGGUCAAGUUCCAGCACCUCAAGCUGCUGCUCCGCUACUCCGACCCCGAGUUCUACGCCUACCUGGUGUCCCGGGGCGCCGACGACCUCUUCUUCUGCUACCGCUGGCUGCUGCUGGAGCUCAAGAGGGAGUUCGCCUUCGAAGACGCCCUGCGGAUGCUGGAGGUCACCUGGAGCUCCCUGCCCCCCGACCCCCCCGAGACCGAGGUGGAGCUGCUGGGGCCGGCGCAGGAGGAGGAGGAGGAGGAGGAGGCCGGGCGGCGGCGGAAAGGCGAGCAGAGGCGCAGGCACAUGCUCAGGCCCUCUCGGGAGGAGCUGGCUGGCCCGGCGGGCGAGCGGGAGGAGGGGGACGGGGGGAGACCGCCGCCGGAGGAGCUGGAGUCCAGGGGCCGGGGGGAGGGGGACGAGGAGGGGGACCAGGGGACCCCAGUCUCGAUGCCGCAAGCAGAGGAAGGGGAGCAGCAGCAAGCAGGAGGGGGGGGCAGCUCAGCCCCUCCCUUGGGAAAGCAGCCCAGCUUUGGGGAGUUCAAGUACUACAGCGCCCGGCAAGGGGACAGUUUCGACCUGGAGGAAGGGCCCCCCAUCUCCCCCGGCUCCCCGCUCCCGGAUGGGCGCUCCUCUCUCCCCUCCCGGCAGCCUACAGAGGACAGCGAGGAGGACCCUGGCGAAAGUGACCCCCUGAUCAGGCCUGGCGAGAGCAUCUCCACUCCUGCCAGCGGCGGGAGACGGUCCCCCAAUGGCCAGACCUCUUCCCCCACCUCCUCCCCCUCGCUGGCCAACGGGAGAGUAUCCCCGAGCCCACCCGCUGGCAGGCACUCUGUCUCCUCCCCCUCGCUGGCUGGCAGGAGGUUAGCUUCUCCAGCCACACCCACAGGGAGGCCCAGCUCCUCCCCCUGCGUGGCCAGUGGGAGAGUCGGCUCCCCAGCCGCCGCCACAGGGAGAUCGUUGGUGUCUUCCCCUGUCUUUUCCGAUGGUAGGGCAGGAUCCCCAUCUACCCCCACGGGGAAGACCCCAAUGGCAUCCCCUUGCCCUGGGACCAGAUCGGCAUCACCCAAGACUGCCACCCCAUCAACCCCAGUGCCAGACAAAGAGGACAAGCCUGCCCCCACACCUUCCCUCCCCCCUCCGCAGGAGUUCGGCAAGGGCAAUCCCUUCAUGCUCUUCCUGUGCUUAUCCAUCCUGCUGGAGCACCGGGACCACAUUAUCAAGAAUAACCUGGACUACAAUGAGCUGGCCAUGCACUUCGACCGGCUGGUCAGGAAGCACAAUCUGAACCGGGUGCUCCAGCGGGCCAAGGCCCUCUUUGCCAAUUACCUCCAGAGCGAGGUGUGGGACUCGGAGGAGGGAGACGAGGCCAGCUCUGACUCGCCCGCAGCUCAGACCCCACAGCCUCAGCCUCCUCCCCCAAACCCCAACUCCACCUACAAUCUGUCCUCCGUUUACUCGCCUUCCUCCUCUUCUGCCUCCUGACCUUUGACCUGCCCCUCCCCUCUUUCCCCUCAGUUCCCUCCUUUCUUCAUGUCUCCCUACGCCCUUCACCCCUCAUCCUCAAGGGCCACAAUGCGGGGGGCUUCAUAGAACUUUUAACAUCGUCACCCACUUGGGUUUGGGAGGAGCUGAAUUGUGACCGUUAACCGCUACCUUGUUGACGUUCCCAGUUAAAAGUGAGGAUCGGAGCUGAGGAACGUUGGCGUCGGACUUCUUUUUUCAAGCCAGUGUUGUAGACGGCCUGCAGUUUCUGGCUUCCACCGCCUUGAUAUUUUCCCUCUCCUUCAGUUACAAUCGUCAUUUGAUUGUGUUGCUCUUAACGGGGUGUCUGCAAUUGAAUACCCUUUUCCCGACCCUGGAACAAGACCUGUGUAUGACAGUCUUAUCCAGGCACGUUGUUUCUGUUGAUUGACCAAAGACUCAGCAUGGAUGUAGACAGUUACUGUUUUCCACUGUUCCCCACUGCUCUUCGUACACAGGCGCCUUCAGCAUGUCCAGCAGGACCCAGGGGCUCCACCUGCUCGCGCCUGAUCACUGCAGUGCAAGUCAGGUGCUCAGUAGGGAAGCAGUGCUUCUCAGCCCGUCACUGGACAUGAGCUGCUGAAAGCCACUCAGCUGCCCAAGUUAUUUUUCUACUUUGUCUUGCUCAGUAUUUAAUAAGAAGUCACCUGCUUAAUGGAAUGGAAAUGAAGGAGAAUUUGGAAGAAAAUGUUAGCACUGCGUUAGUGGUGUGUAUUUUUAUCAGAUUUACCUGUGUGACUCCAUUAAUUCUGUUUUUUAAGUUGUUGUGCUGGUGUCACAUCUAUUUCUGACCCGUCCCAAAGACAAUCCUGUAUCCCAGUCCGAAUGAGAAAGUCAGGAAGCACUUUUAAGUAUCGUGCGGGUGUAUUUUCUGGCUUUGUGCACACUAGUGUGGGGAUCUCUGUGUACUGGAGUGUUUAUAUUGGUCUGGUCACACUUAAUAAAGUGCAAUUUGAACCUUUCACGUAAAACGCCGUGAUCUAGGAGUUCACAAGACACAGUUCCAUACAAGGCACGUAGCAGAAGACUGUCACCCUAUCUGUAUUUCAUCUAAAACAGAAGUUAGACACCCCCAUUCAGGUCAACCGGAAUAGAGACUGCAAAUUAAAGGACAGCUCUCAGUCUGUGUUUAUCUUCUUUGUUUGUAGAAUAUCCUGAAACCUUUUCUUGCAUGUUCCAGAGGAAUCUGUGUCCUCCACACGACUUGUAAAAUUGUGGAACUCUGCGAGCACUCUUGGUGUAAAGAAGUGCCUCAUAUUUUUUUAUCCUAAAUCUCCAGUUGUUUCAAGUGUGUUGCUUGUCCCUGGUUUCAGAGUGGCAGGCAUUUCAGAGUUCGUUCUGAUUCCGCAGACUGGACCUGAUAUUUCUAAAGCUCCAUUUAAGUAGGUUGAGCCUCAUAUUUGGAGUGUUGGUGAUCAUUAAACAUGUUUGCACGGGCAGUGAGUGAAGUUAUUUCCAGAUUUUGCCGUGACAUGUCUGAGUUUUAUAUUUAAGAAUUACAAAAGCUGCCCAGCAAUAAAUUAGCAGUGACCAGGUUGUACUAUUUGGGUCAUUGCAGGAAGUGUCUAAGCACGAAGAGUCACAUUUUUCCACUACUAACCAAUUUUAAGCAGCAGUGCUUGAACCACAGUCUGAGACCUGCUGUUGUACUUGAGGCCAGUUGGCUGCUGUGUAUUAUAAUGAUUCCUGCAGUGUUUGAUGGGUCUGGAAGCUGUUGGAUCUGUGGCUCACAACCUUCCAAGGAUGAAUUUCUAUGUGUUUUUUUAUUGUCUGUUGUUUAGAUUGUUACCUAUCCUAUGGUAUCAGAUUGUAAAAUGUUAUGUCACUCACAAGGUUCAGAUCAUUAUCACUCACAGUAAGUGUUCUGAUACUCCUAAACUGGUUUGCAAAUUGAUUCUAGUGAAGGCUGUUUACUAUUGUCCGAAGAAAUGGCCACAGGCUAAAUGGGGCAGUUGUGUUGUGUUCUAUACUCAUAUACUCCCCCACACCUCCUCCUCAGGUUUGAGAUUUUUAUUUCAUUUCUUCACUCUGGUUGUCUCCUCCAAGGCUGUUUUUACAGGGGUUUGCCCUCAUCUGGGCAAGUUCUUGUUCAGUUGCAGACCGUGGACAGGAGACUGAAAUGCAGGAAACUUACAUCUCAGCAGUUUAUUUGAGCCCUGUAUUGACAAGUCUGCUUUUAAACUGGUGCAAAAACACCAGUCAGAUUUGUGAAAUUCAGUCCUGCCUUGUCUGGAGCUCAGUAGCUGUGGGCUCUCCCAGCCUUCGUCCUCACAUUCCGAUGGGGAGCAGAGAGGGACACCUUGCAAAAUUCCUAGAUCUUUGCAGGCUUUUUUCCCACAAGAAUCCUCUGAACUCGCAUCUCUCCUGGAAGGAUUCUG